UCUCCCAUUGCCAUUCAAAUAUCUAUCGCAAAAUGGGAACGUUACUCCAAUUUAAUCCUUACGGGUUGUCCCCUCAAACCUUACUCCCCGCAAACCCUACCGCCAAAAUCUCCAAAUCCCCCAUACGCUUCCUUGGCUUCUCCAGAGCAAGGAUCAGAGCCGUCGGCACAAUCCCCGCCGGCGGCGAACCGGAAGCCGCGGCACCCCCCGAAGAGUCACCCUCGGUCACCUUCGCAUUCGUUCAUUCGGUGCUGCUUCCCGAUGGGACGCCGGACGUGCAUUUCCGGAAGGCUUGCGGCGGGCAGAAGCUCAGAGACAUCAUGUUGGAUUCCAAUAUUGAAUUGUAUGGGCCAUAUUCCAGGCCGCUGCUAAACUGUGGGGGAGGAGGGACCUGCGCCACAUGCCUUGUUGAGGUCAUUGAAGGAAAGGAACUGCUAAGCCCGCGAACAGAUAAAGAGAAGGAGAAGCUCAAACGGAAUCCGAAAAAUUGGAGGCUUGCUUGUCAGACUACAGUUGGCAAACCAGAUUCUAGGGGCCUGGUUGUGAUCCAACAACUGCCAGAGUGGAAAGGGCAUGAAUGGCAUUACAAUACUGAGCCACCUUCAGAACCCUGAAUAGUGAAUAAUAUGCUUUCCCUUUUUCACUUUUUACACCUGAAACUUAAUUUCUUCCAAUUAAAAUUCAGUGAUUUUUUAAUUCAAAGAACAUCACCUUACACCCA